GCGUGGAAAAGUGCCAGCUCAUGAUCGUGAGACAGACAGGUGAGCAUCAGGGAGAGCCACGCGAUCAUGGGGCGCUACAGCGGCAAGACGUGCCGCCUGAUCCUGAUGCUCGUCAUCACCGUCAUCUUCUUCGUGGCGGAGAUCGUGGCGGGGUACAUGGGCAACUCCAUCGCGCUGGUGUCGGACUCGUUCAACAUGCUGUCGGACAUCCUGUCGCUGUGCGUCGGGCUGACGGCGGCGCGCGUGUCGCGGCGCGCGGGCUCGGGGCGCUUCACGUACGGAAUGGGUCGCGCGGAGGUGGUGGGCGCGCUGGCCAACGCCGUGUUCCUCGCCGCGCUCUGCUUCUCCGUGUCCAUGGAGUCACUGAAGAGGCUCGCCCUGCCGCAGGCCAUCGAUGACCCGCCGCUGGUGCUGAUCGUGGGCUCGCUGGGGCUCGCGGUGAACGUGCUCGGGCUGAUCAUCUUCCAGGACUGCAGCAGCUGCGUGCGCGCGACGCGACGGAACGACGCUCCUGUGUCGCGCGAGGCGGAGGAAGAAGCAGACCUGCAGGAGAAGAAGACUGGGAGCGACGGGCCUCCUCUGAACAUCCGGGGUGAGUGUGUGUCGUGUCUCUCUCUCUCCGCAGGUGUGCUGCUGCACGUGUUGAAUGAUGCGCUGGGAUCAGUGGUGGUGGUGGUGGCCUCGGCUCUGUUCUACGUGUGGCCCCUGGCCCCUGAGAGCCCGUGUAACUGGCAGUGUUAUGUGGACCCCAGUCUGACGCUGGUCAUGGUGGUCAUCAUCAUGUCGUCAGCUGCUCCUCUGGUCAAAGAAACGGCUGGGAUCCUGCUGCAGAUGAGUCCUCCUGACCUGCCGCUCACCACCGUCUUGGAGAGUGUGUGCAGUCUCCCCGGCGUGGUGAGCGUUCACGAGGCUCAUGUCUGGGAGUUAGCUAAAGGACGCAACGUGGCCUCGCUGCACGUCAAAGUGUCCUCUGACCUGCAGGAUCCGGCUCUUCAGACGCAGAUCCAGCAGCUGUUCCACGGCGCCGGCGUCCACAGCGUCACGGUUCAGCUGGAGCGAGCUGACGGAGAGAUGUCCUGCUGUCAGAGACCUGAGCGAGAAACAGAAGCAAACAUCAGCUGAACACAGC